GACUGAAGGAUGUGCAAACAUCUCCAAGAAUAUUGUUUGUAUACAGUCACCUGAAUAUGGUCAUAAUAAAAUAAAUGGGGUGUUUACUUAGGCCAGAGACCUGCUGGACUAAAUUUACAUGGUCAAAUAAUGACUAUGGAGGCCACAUUGUCAUAAAUGACAAUACCAGACAGGCACCAUCACCAUUAACUCAUUCAUGUGAAUCACAGUGUGACAACUUUAGGGUUGUUAUUUUAUAUACAGACAGGGUCCUGGAAGAUUACUAAACUUUAUUGAUAUUUGUAGUUUAUUUGUUAGGUAAAAAACUGAAAAUGUUGGUAACACAUGCUUAUAUGAAUCUUGGGAUCAGUUUCAUGCUCAAUUUUAAAAAAUUCUGAGCUAAAUCAAUACUGGCUGAGCAUGUAAGUACGGGCGUGUCUCGGAUUAUCUAGUGUGCUCCACCCAUCAUGGAUAUUUCUUUGAACGUGGUCCUUUGAGAAACAAGUUUAGAUAGGAACCAGUUUGAAUCAUUUUAACUCAAGCCCAUUGUCAGUGGUAAUCAGCAGAAGUGCCACCACCUGGAAAUAAAAGAGGAAGAACCUGUCUGAGGCUGUUUUACUGCCCAGGUAAGGCACUAGAAACAGGAACAGAUCCAUUGUUACUCUAGUGAUAUGUGUCAUUUUAAGUUUUCAAAGAACAUAUAAUCCCAUGAAAGUCUGUGUACAUAUUGUUGGAUCCUGUUGUGGAGCACACAAGCUACAUUUGCAUGUGAGUAAAAUGUCCUCUUAUUGCUAAUAUGUGAAUAUGGCAUCCAGAUGGCUUCCAGGUCUGGGAAGAGGAGAGUUGGAAGAAAACCAGAGUGCUCAGGUAUUACUGUCACCAUUUACUAGAAAUAUAGAUACAUACGCCAGAAAUGUCACACCGCUUACGCCAUCUUUCUGUCUUUACUUUGUUCCCUUUCUCCCUGUUUCUCUUGUCCACUACAGACACCUAUCUGCUUAGGGAUCCCAGCCCCAACCCUCUGAAUGACCUCUCUCACAGCGCCUCCUGGUGGGCUGACAAGGAGGAGCACAGAGAGCAAGGAGACUCACUCAGGGAGCAACUUAAAGAGAUGGAUGAGCAUGUGGCUAGGCUUCAGGAAAUGCUGAGAUGUGAACGGGCCAAAUGCACUCGUCUGCAGCUACGGAGUAACCAGCAGGAGGCAGAGCUGAGGCGUCGAGAGCAGCACAGCAACAGAUUGAAGGAGAGACUGUCACAACUGACUGACAGACAAAGAGAGAAAGGGCCCUCCAUAGAGGUGUUGAACUUUCCACCUGGAGGUCGAGGCAAAAGAGAACAGCCAAUCAAAUCAUUCAGGUCUACCGCAAAAAAAGAAGAGGCAACUCUCCGCCUGAUGCUGGAGCGGAGAGAAGCAGAGCUCAGAGAGGUUAUGAAGCUGCGUCACAGCCUCACCACUUUACUUCAUGCACUCAGAGUCGACAUGGAGCAUACCCUGUCGGAUGUGGUGGAUGUUCAGGAUGAGGCCCAGACUGCAGGCAAAAGGCUGGAUCAAGCUGAGGUGGCGCUUGGUGUUCAUGUAACAGGAGGUGUGGUUCAGAGCUGGAGGCAGGUGCAGAAGAGACUGGAUGAUGUCCUAUCUGAAGGGAACGCUAGCGUUGGUACCGACCAUGACAAGCUCCUGACUCGACUAGAAACUGAACUGAAGGAGAGUCAACAGCUUGUCAGAUUACAACAGCAACUGCUGCAGGACAGCCUUGCCUCACCUGUCCCAUCUGAACUGGCCGAUUCCUACUUUUUGGAAGAGUGGGAACGUCUUCAGGUGGGCUGGUCAGAGCUCCAUCAUCAGAGGCGGACUUUUGAACGGGAGAGGCAGUCCUUCACUGAUGCUGCCAUCCGACUAAGCCAUGAGCGCCGAGAUUUUGAGCAACAGAAGGCCUCUCUCCUGAAGCAGCAGUACCUUUGUGACUCCCCUCUGUUUAAUAAAGGAGCACAAAACAACAACAACAACAGGAGAGAGAGCACUGCUCUCAAUUUCUCAGGUUUGGGGCCCACCAGCAUAUCUGGCUGUCUUCCCAUUACUCCAUCCUCCACCGAGUCAGGGACAGCUGCUGUUUCCGGAUUACAUCAAGGAGCAGUUCAAACCCCCAGCACUCCUGAGCUCUACUCUGCCCUCAGUCUGUCAUAUAACUGCAGGACCGGGGAGGUUGAUCACCAGUCAGAGACAUGGGAUGGCCGAGCAGACAGGAUGGUGCACACGCCACAGGCUCCACACUUCUUAGACUGGUCCUUCUAAUACAGUUUUAAUGAUAGGUGGUGAUUGUAUUUGGGAAAUAUCAAUAAAGACUUAUUCACAUUAUUAAUAAUUUAACCUACUGUGUUAUUCAGACACAAUGCUGUUUUGAAAACAAUCUAGCCUGGCCACUAAUAAAAUAAAGUGACUAAUUGUGA